ACACCUCGCUUCUCGACACAGCGCCUCCAAAGCGUGCAUCGAAAAUCACCCCAGUAGACACUUGAAGCGUUUUAACGGCAGACACCUGACCCUCCUGAAUGAGCCUGAGAAGAUUCAUCUCUGCUCUCCCGCCUCAGGACCGCCUCUCCUCACUCUGUAUUUCUCCUACAAGUUCGGCAGCUGAUCCCGGCUCAGUCAGAGGGAGAUUGUUUUGCGCCUGAGAAGAUCAAGGACAGUUUGACAUGAGGGGGGACGCUCAACAAAGAGGCAUGAAGACCUCAUGUCUGUGGGCUGCCGCUCUGCUGCUGUCAGUCAUCUCUCUGGUGGCCAGCGCUGAUUCACCAAGUUCAGGAAAUCCUGACUUGAGAGAGAGCUCAAAAUCCAAAGUGAAGACCUACUGGACUGAAAGCAGCAAGGCUGUCUCCAUCAGCCGUCUGCUGUCCCAGACCCUCUAUGGCAAAGAGAACUUCACCUCUCUGGACCUGAACUAUGACGAGGCGGACUCAUUCUCCAAACAGGAGCAGUGGAACUGGCUUUACAAUGCUUCCAACCCCCGUGAUCCUCGAUCCAGAACGAAAAGGAGACCCAUCGUCAAAACCGGCAAGUUCAAGAAGAUGUUUGGUUGGGGCGACUUCCAUUCCAACAUCAAGACGGUGAAGCUCAACCUUCUCAUCACUGGUAAAAUCGUGGAUCACGGUAACGGGACAUUCAGCGUCUACUUCCGCCACAACUCAACCGGUCAGGGCAACGUGUCCGUGGGACUUGUUCCACCAACCAAAGCUGUGGAGUUCCAGGUCCACCAGCAGCACCAGCAGUACCACCACCAUCACCACCAGCAGCAGCAGCAGACGGCACUGGAGACCAAGGACACCAAGCUGUUCAACUGCAGGGUUGAGUAUGAGAAGGUGGAGAAGGGCACCAGGAACUCACUGUGUGCCCACGACCCCUCGCAGAGCUGCCCGCAGGAGCAGACCCAGAGCCACGUGUCCUGGCUGUGCUCCAAGCCCUUCAAAGUCAUCUGCAUCUUCAUCACCUUCUACAGCACCGACUACAAGCUGGUGCAGAAGGUGUGUCCAGACUACAACUACCACAGUGACACCCCCUACCUCCCCACCGGGUGAGCACGUGACCAGACGAGGACGAAAAUAAAAAAUAAAAAAGACGCAGAGACAGGCGGUCGGGUCCUGAGCGAUGUCAGAUUAUUUGAAUAAAUAUGGACUCAAGACACUUGAAACUUGAGAUGUUGACAGGCAUUAUUACAGCUAACAUAUCCUUGACGCAAGACUGAUAUUGCUCCAAUGAACAGACCAACCCCGAGGUCAUUAUGGGAGCAUUUAGGGAAGCAUUUAUAGGCUUGCAAUACUCAUAUUAUAUGCAUAGCUGCUUACAUCGAAAGGAAAUUCUCAAGCCAACCGUAAAAAUAUGCUGAUUGUAUUUAUGUAAAUAUUGUGGGUUCCACACAAAGACCAGAAAACAAUUUUAUUAAUGUUUUCUCCUGCUAAUUUAGUUGUUUAUGUUGAUAGUGUAUUUCCGUCUCAAUCAUGCUUUCUGUCUUUUCCAAUCAGUCUCUGGUAAUCAUCGCAAACACGUAAAUGUCAAUGCAAAUAAGAAGAAUCUGUCAGUGUGCAUUAGAGGGCAUAAUGGAAAAAGCAAACAUAUUUUGAGUGGUGUUGUUUUCUGCAGUGUGAUUGUUAGAGUGAAUAUACCUCUCUGAUAUUGUUGUUGGAAAUCUCGUCCAUGUCCAUGCAUGAACCGAAUGUGGUAAACAACUGAAUAACGUCCAUCUAUAUUUUCAUGUUAUUGCAGCUGUCAGAAAUAAUCUUCAUUAAGUCGCAGGAGACAAAGAAAAAAAAGUAUUUCUAUUUAAAUUCUGUGUUAUGUGUUAGCAGUUUCAAGGCCGUGGUAAAUGACACCAAUGGAGGGCUCCGAUCAAAUCAAACAUAAGCAAGUAAAUGUCGCAAUAAAUAAAUAAAUAAAACUAGAAGACACACAAAACAAAAGAGAUACAGAUCAUUUUCAAACAUAACUGUGCUUCUGUUUUUCAGUCCUGCAUUUCCAUUUUAGACAUUUACACGCUGCUCUUCUUUAUGUGACUUACAACAAGUCCAGUAUAAUAAAUUUCAACUCCUGGAUCACUAACAUGACAAGCUGCCAGUAGUAAGAGGUGUCAGAACCACAGUGCCCCCGCAGCAUCCAAAAAUAACUAUCUGUAAGCACUGGAGUAAUCAUUUAUAUUUAAAAAAAAAAAGAGUGAGAUGAUGAGAGAAAAAAAAAACAAGGUCAAAAGUGUUUCAAAGUGUUUAAAAAAUAGAUAUCAGAACAAGCAGGAGACGUGGAAGUGAUCAUUUCAUCUAACAGAGGCUGAAACAGAACAAACAGUGUUGAAAUGUGAGAUGUGGUACAGUGUGGUUUGUUGCCUUAGAGCAGACAGGACAUACAUUAAACAGCAGGUGCUAAUCACACAUUCCACCUAUCACACGCUCGCACCUCUGGUUAUCCAAAAAAAAAAAGGGGGGGGGGGAAAUCUGGAUGAGACUAGCUGUUAAUGAUAUUGGAUGUUCCAAUUGGCUAUUAAACCUUCAUUACAUAAAUUGGGAGCCAGUGGCUCCACGUGAAGCAUUUAGAGGAAAUGAACACAGUGUAAGUGGGAGCUCUGCAGAGUCAACACCAUAGAAAGAAUGAAUUAAAGUGCCGAUGGAAAACCUGUUUUAAAAAAAAAAAAAAAAAAAAGCACAAAUGUGCACCUAGGGGCGCAAUCACUGCUGUCUAUUUAAAUUCAGUGCUCUUUCACAGGGUACGCUAUGGUAUACGCAACACAGUAACUGCUAAUGGCAGCCUGGACGACAUCCAAUAUGCCAACAUGGGGUGUAUUUUCUGACAAGGCAGGCCAAAGAAUAGGGGCCUGCCUGUGGGAUGAGUGAGCAUAAAGAGGAAUUUAUGAUGUGGAGGAACAAGGCUGGCAGAAAUCACUGGAAGCACCUGACUCGUAAAUUGAGAGCAUGUUUCUGUCACCGAGAAGAAGGAAUGACUAAUGUCUCAGAUUGCUGUUUGGGCCAGUUCUUUCAUCUCAAUAAAAUGACUUUGAUAUCUCCCCACCCCUACCCAAAUGUGCCAGGGACAGUUUGUUCAGCUUCAAAGAACUAAAGCAGCACUUUGCGGAGACAAUGCAGCCUCAUUAUGCACAUAAUCUUACAAGUGUAAACAGUCUGGCACAAAAGUGUUUGGGUGUGAGCGCUACUGAGAGAUGGAUCUGUCCCCUGACUAAUGUCGGCUGAGGGCAAAUGCAACGCACCAUGUUGUGUACUGUCUAAAGCCCGAUUAAUAAUCCACAUCUGUACUUCUUUACAGAGGCUAACUGCAGUAACCAACACUGAGGAAAAUAGCUUCUACGUUUCUGGAGUGUCCAGCUAAAUGUGUUACAGGUAGAAAAGUGGUGAUGUGUUUAUGAAAUAGGUAUUAAUUAUUAUAAUUUUAAGGUCUACAAACCAUCAAAGAUUUCACCUACCCCUUUGAAGUUACUGCACUCUGCCUUUGUAUGACCUGAAGCACCUGUACAGGAUUUUGCGAUUACAGCAAAUUUCACCAGCCCCUGUAAUUUACUGCAAAUUUGAAAUAACUAAAAAAUAAAAUGGGCAAAAUCUCAUAUCACUUGUACACCCCCUCCUCAGAGUGCUUUCACAUCUGCCCUGUUUGGUUCGGUUCAAUCAAACUCAAGUUCGUUUGCCA